GUCCCAAAUAAAAGGAAUGAAGUCUGGCUCCGGAGGAGGGUCCCCGACCUCGCUGUGGGGGUUCGUGUUUCUCUCCGCCGCGCUCUCGCUCUGGCCGACGAGUGGAGAAAUUUGCGGGCCCGGCAUCGACAUCCGCAACGACUACCAGCAGCUGAAGCGCCUGGAAAACUGCACGGUGAUUGAGGGCUUCCUCCACAUCCUGCUCAUCUCCAAGGCUGAGGACUACCGAAGCUACCGCUUUCCCAAGCUCACGGUCAUUACCGAGUACUUGCUGCUAUUUCGAGUGGCCGGCCUCGAGAGCCUGGGUGACCUCUUCCCCAACCUCACGGUCAUCCGUGGCUGGAAACUCUUCUACAACUACGCACUGGUCAUCUUCGAGAUGACCAAUCUCAAGGAUAUUGGGCUUUAUAAUCUGAGGAACAUUACUCGGGGGGCCAUCAGGAUUGAGAAAAACGCUGACCUCUGUUACCUCUCCACAAUAGACUGGUCUCUCAUCUUGGAUGCAGUGUCCAAUAACUACAUUGUGGGGAACAAGCCCCCAAAGGAAUGUGGGGACUUGUGUCCAGGGACCUUGGAGGAGAAGCCCAUGUGUGAGAAGACCACCAUCAAUAAUGAGUACAACUACCGCUGCUGGACCACAAAUCGCUGCCAGAAAAUGUGCCCAAGUGUGUGCGGAAAGCGAGCGUGCACCGAGAACAAUGAGUGCUGCCACCCGGAGUGCCUGGGCAGCUGCCACACGCCGGACGACAACACGACCUGCGUGGCCUGCCGACACUACUACUACAAAGGCGUGUGUGUGCCCGCCUGCCCGCCCGGCACCUACAGGUUCGAGGGCUGGCGCUGCGUGGACCGCGAUUUCUGCGCCAAUAUCCCCAAUGCCGAGAGCAGCGACUCGGAUGGUUUCGUCAUCCACGAUGGCGAGUGCAUGCAGGAGUGUCCCUCGGGCUUCAUCCGCAACAGCACCCAGAGCAUGUACUGCAUCCCCUGUGAAGGCCCCUGCCCCAAAGUCUGUGGUGACGAAGAAAAGAAAACAAAAACCAUCGAUUCAGUGACGUCGGCUCAGAUGCUCCAAGGAUGCACCAUCUUGAAGGGCAAUUUGCUCAUUAAUAUCCGGCGGGGCAAUAACAUUGCCUCAGAACUGGAGAACUUCAUGGGGCUCAUCGAGGUGGUGACUGGCUAUGUGAAGAUCCGCCAUUCCCACGCUUUGGUCUCCUUGUCCUUCCUGAAGAACCUCCGUCUAAUCUUAGGAGAGGAGCAGCUAGAAGGGAACUACUCCUUCUAUGUCCUGGACAACCAGAACUUGCAGCAGCUGUGGGACUGGAACCACCGGAACCUGACCGUCAGGUCAGGGAAGAUGUACUUCGCUUUCAAUCCCAAGCUGUGUGUCUCUGAAAUUUACCGCAUGGAGGAAGUCACAGGGACAAAGGGCCGCCAGAGCAAGGGGGACAUCAACACCAGGAACAACGGGGAGCGAGCUUCCUGUGAAAGCGACGUUCUCCGUUUCACCUCCACCACCACCUCGAAGAACCGCAUCAUCAUAACGUGGCACCGGUACCGGCCCCCGGACUACAGGGAUCUCAUCAGCUUCACAGUGUACUACAAGGAGGCACCCUUUAAAAAUGUUACGGAAUAUGACGGGCAGGAUGCCUGUGGCUCCAACAGCUGGAACAUGGUGGAUGUGGACCUACCUCCCAACAAGGAGGGGGAGCCUGGCAUUUUACUGCAUGGGCUGAAGCCCUGGACCCAGUAUGCUGUCUAUGUCAAGGCUGUGACCCUCACCAUGGUGGAAAACGACCAUAUCCGUGGGGCCAAAAGUGAAAUCUUGUACAUUCGCACCAAUGCUUCAGUUCCUUCCAUUCCCCUAGACGUGCUUUCAGCGUCCAACUCUUCUUCCCAGCUGAUUGUGAAGUGGAACCCCCCGACCCUGCCCAACGGUAACCUGAGUUACUACAUUGUGAGGUGGCAGCGACAGCCACAGGACGCCUACCUGUACCGGCACAACUACUGCUCCAAAGACAAAAUACCCAUCAGAAAGUACGCUGACGGUACGAUUGAUGUGGAAGAGGUGACGGAGAAUCCCAAGACGGAAGUGUGUGGUGGUGAUAAAGGGCCUUGCUGUGCCUGUCCAAAAACGGAAGCCGAGAAGCAGGCCGAGAAGGAAGAGGCCGAGUACCGCAAAGUCUUUGAGAAUUUCCUUCACAAUUCCAUCUUCGUGCCCAGACCCGAGAGGAGGCGGAGAGAUGUCACGCAAGUGGCCAACAGCACCAUGUCUAGCCGGAGCCGGAACACCACAGUGGCCGACACCUACAACAUCACAGACCCAGAGGAACUGGAGACGGAAUACCCUUUCUUCGAGAGCAGAGUGGAUAACAAGGAGAGGACUGUCAUCUCCAACCUCCGGCCUUUCACUUUAUACCGCAUCGAUAUCCACAGCUGCAACCACGAAGCCGAGAAGCUGGGUUGUAGCGCCUCCAACUUCGUCUUUGCGCGAACGAUGCCUGCAGAAGGAGCAGAUGACAUUCCUGGACCAGUGACCUGGGAGCCAAGACCUGAGAACUCCAUCUUUUUAAAGUGGCCCGAACCUGAGAACCCCAAUGGAUUGAUUCUGAUGUAUGAAAUAAAGUACGGAUCGCAAGUGGAGGAUCAGCGGGAAUGUGUGUCCAGACAGGACUACAGGAAGUAUGGAGGGGCCAAGCUUAACCGGCUAAACCCAGGAAACUACACAGCCCGGAUUCAAGCCACCUCUCUCUCUGGCAAUGGGUCGUGGACGGAUCCUGUGUUCUUCUAUGUACCAGCCAAGACGACAUAUGAGAAUUUCAUGCAUCUGAUCAUUGCUCUGCCGGUCGCCAUCCUGCUCAUUGUGGGGGGCCUGGUAAUCAUGCUGUAUGUCUUCCAUAGAAAGAGAAACAACAGCAGGUUGGGCAAUGGAGUGCUGUAUGCCUCUGUGAACCCUGAGUAUUUCAGUGCCGCUGAUGUGUAUGUGCCAGAUGAGUGGGAGGUAGCUCGGGAGAAGAUCACCAUGAGCCGGGAGCUUGGACAAGGGUCCUUCGGGAUGGUCUAUGAAGGAGUGGCUAAGGGCGUGGUCAAGGAUGAGCCUGAAACCCGAGUAGCCAUCAAGACCGUCAAUGAGGCUGCAAGUAUGCGUGAAAGAAUCGAGUUUCUCAACGAGGCUUCGGUGAUGAAGGAGUUCAACUGUCACCAUGUGGUCCGGUUGCUGGGUGUGGUGUCCCAAGGCCAGCCUACCCUGGUCAUCAUGGAACUAAUGACACGUGGGGACCUCAAAAGUUAUCUUCGGUCUCUAAGGCCAGAAGAGCAACAGAAUAAUGUAGUCCUAAUUCCUCCGAGUUUAAGCAAGAUGAUCCAGAUGGCCGGAGAGAUUGCAGACGGCAUGGCGUACCUCAACGCCAACAAGUUCGUCCACAGAGACCUUGCUGCUCGGAACUGCAUGGUAGCUGAAGACUUCACAGUCAAAAUUGGAGACUUUGGCAUGACACGAGACAUCUAUGAGACAGACUACUACCGAAAGGGGGGGAAGGGGCUGCUGCCUGUGCGCUGGAUGUCUCCUGAGUCCCUCAAGGAUGGAGUCUUCACUACUCAUUCAGAUGUCUGGUCCUUUGGGGUCGUCCUCUGGGAAAUUGCCACACUGGCUGAGCAACCAUACCAAGGCUUGUCCAACGAGCAAGUUCUCCGCUUCGUCAUGGAGGGCGGCCUUCUGGACAAGCCGGACAACUGCCCUGACAUGCUGUUUGAACUGAUGCGUAUGUGCUGGCAGUACAACCCCAAGAUGCGGCCCUCCUUCCUGGAGAUCAUUGGCAGCAUCAAGGAUGAGAUGGAGCCCAGCUUUCAGGAGGUCUCCUUCUACUACAGUGAGGAGAACAAGCCUCCCGAGCCGGAAGAGCUGGAGCUGGAGCUGGAGCCUGAGAACAUGGAGAGUGUGCCGCUGGACCCCUCGGCCUCCUCAGCCUCCCUGCCUCUGCCUGAAAGACACUCAGGACACAAGGCCGAGAACGGCCCGGGCCCUGGAGUACUGGUUCUCCGCGCCAGUUUCGAUGAGAGACAGCCUUAUGCUCACAUGAACGGGGGACGCGCCAAUGAGAGGGCUUUGCCUCUGCCCCAGUCUUCAACCUGCUGAUCCUCAGACACCGAAGCACGGGCAGACAGUCGCGUGUGUGCCCACGCGGUGGGCAGGGGGAGAGCAGGUCAUAACAAUCUAUUCACAAGCCUCCUGUACCUCAGUGGAUCUUCAGAACUGCCAUUGCUGCCCACGGGAGACGGCUUCUCUGCAGUAAACACACUUGGGACCUUCCUUUUUUCGAUAUGCAAGCAACUUUUUAUUUCCCUACCCGAACCCUUAACUGACAUGGGCCUCUGCAAACCUUAAGGACAGCACUUAAGAGCAACAGGACACUCGAGAAUCGAGUCUCCUCUUUCUCCGCCUUUCUCUUCUGCCUUCCUUCUCUCUCCUCUUUCUCUCUUCUACUUCCACUCUCUCCUUUCUCUUUUUUCUGCUUCACAAUGGAAAAAAAAUGUUUGCUGAAAGCCCAGCUGGGAAGCCUUUAAAAAAAAAACAAAAAAACAGAUUGACUUAAUAGCUAUCCCUGGGGCUCCUCAUCACCCCAUACACACCUGCCUGACACCGUAGGUCUUUACAAAAAAAAAAGAGAAAAAAAAAUGCACACACUGAGAUGGAAUUUUUUAACUGUAUCUUUAACCUUUUUAGGAUCAUCUGAAGUUUUCAAAGGGCCAUUGUUCAUCCAUGGUUGUUAUCAUUUUCAUGCUGCCAAAUUUUGCCAAAGUUCUGUUUGUUUGUUUCUGUUUUUUUUGUUUUUUUCUCGUGCGCACACUCCCUGCGCUGAUUUCCUUUUGUCCAGAGGCAUGGGAUGAAACAUGGCAUCAAGUUGAUAAUACCAUUCGAGGGACACGUUGGCCAUGCCUCCACGGUGCCCCGGUGUGCUCUUCUAGCCCACGUCCCCCUGGGUCUCGUUGUUUUAUGACGACUAGGUUACUGUUUGGGAGAACUGGGCAAGAUGGAGCCUGCCCUCACUGAAGAUGGGGGAAGGCUGAACUGGCUCCCUGUCCCCACCCCACCCACCACAGCACCCCAAGAAUUCUGGAGGAGAUGGCCAUGAGCAAGCCUGAAGGGCAGGUUGUGGGUCAAGGUGGCCCUCAUACCAGCCUCCUCCCCCUGCCCCAGCCUCCCUCCUGGCCCCCAGAGGUUGCAGGAACUCAGCCCAGCCGUUGGUGCAGAUGUGCAAGGAAGGGGCUUCAGGCAGCACAGCAGCAUGAAGCAGCAGCGCAGGCAGUGGAUCCAAGCAUUGACAUGGUCUCUGUUACUAGGACUUCUUCAUGGGUCUCUCAGUUCUAUGUUAGACCAUGGGACAUUUGCAUACACAUCGUCUUCAACGUCACUUUUAUAACUUUUUUACGGUUCAGAUAUUCAUCUAUACGUCUGUACAGGAAAAACAAAAACGCUGCUAUUAUUUUUGUUCUUUAUCUUUGUGGAUUUAAUCUAUGAAACUUUCAGGUCCUCCUACCCUCUUCUUCCUUUCCGCUCACUCCAAGAAACUUCCUAUGCUUUUGUACUAGAGUGUGAUUUUCCUUCCUCUUCUCCAGUAACUGAUGCUUCUAGAACAUACUUUGCCAUGAACUGUUGGAUGCCUUUUUAUAAAUACAUCUCCUUUCCCCUGCUCCCUGCAGCCCCGUUCAUUAUCUUCUAACCCAUAGGCUCUGUGGGCGCAGUGCUGGUCGGGGACAGAGGAGGAUGGGAGGCCAGGAUCCAGGUCCUGCUGGGCCUUACUCUGAUUCCCACACUAACCUGCACACAGCAUUGGAGUCUGUUACCAUGCAAGACAUGCCACGAACUCAGGUCAGAAACAAAAAGGUUAAAAAAAUCUCCCCCACCCUGAUUUACUGUUUAUAGCCCCCAUUGUUGGAAGGCACACCUUUGCCUUCCCUCUGUUCUUGGUUGGGUCGUGAUACACACAUAAACAUAUUCAUUUUGGGAUACAAUAGCAGUUUUAACUGCAGACAGUAGGCAUUUGGGUUUUUUUUUUUUUAACGGAUAUUUAAUCCUUCUGGGUCCCCCCACCACACACACACACACACACACACACACACACACACACACACACACACACACACACACCACACACACACACACACACACACCACACACACACACACACACACACACACACACACACACACACACAGCUGAUGAGUCCCUAGGGUACAGCAGAGCGUGACCUACCGGCCCCUCUGCCAUCACCCUCACCAGACCGACUUACUUGUCUUUAGAACCAGAAUGUCUGAAUGGGUGGCCUCCAUGUGAGCAAGGUGCAGGGUACCAACACCCCAUGGCCAGAAGCCGCAGCCUCAGUGGCGUUCUGGAGCCCAUUCCCAGAUCAGAAGGUCUGAGUAGCAGAUGGAGCAGAGCACCCCAUGGCAGCCCUGGGGUCCUUCGCUGCUCCUUAGCCAAAAUGGCAGACCUCUGGACCUGGCGGUCCUGUUGAGUCUUUAAUGCUUACCAGAGUGGUGACAGCCUAAGAGUUGCUUCUGGGAUGGAAAUAUUUCAAUUAUGAGCAAGAAAAAAGCUGGAAGGUGAUGAUUGCAGUUGUGACUGGAGAUUAAACACAGAAAAGAAAGUUUAUAGUUCUCUGGUUUGUCUGUAGUUACAGGCUCACGGCUCUUAGUAGCCUCUGCCCCACAGUGUUUCCCCUUAAAAAAAAAAAAAAAAGGAGAAAAAAAUUUUAUUAAGAAGGUAUUACAUGUAGGAGUUUUAAUUUAUUUUGUGAUACCUGUUUUAAUCACUGUAGAGAAGCCCCCAUUAUGAAUUUAAAUACUGAGGAAAAGUGUGUGUGUGUGUGUGUGUGUGUGUGUGUGUGUGUGUGUGUGUGUGUGUGUGUGUGUGUGUGAGAGAGAGAGAGAGAGAGAGGGAGAGAGAGAGAGAGGACAGUUUUUGAUUGGGGGGGAGUUUUGUUUUUGAAACAUUUAUCUACCUCACUCUUAUUUUUCAUGCGUGUAUAUAUAAAACAAUACAUCUCACACUUCUCAGUACCUGACAACAGGCCAAUGAUACUGGUAACCUCAUCCACACCACAGGCCACAUACCCGGGUGAAACAGAGAGAGGCCAGGCUGGAUUCUGGGGUCAAAGCAACACUAACUCACUCAGCCUCCCCCACUCCUCUCCAAAAGCUCACCUUUCCUGGGGCAUCUUUGGUUAUUCUCUUCCUCACCUGGUUCCCUCCCAGGUUUCCCUGCUUCCAACCCAGCCCCCCCCCCCCAUGUGCCCAGAGCACACCAGUGGAGGGGUUCCCUUGCCCAUCCUCGGCUGGCUGACUUGGAACAGAACUUUAUACAGAUUGAAUGACCGACAUACAUCAUCCCCAAGAGAGCAGGUACUCCCAGGUUUUGAGAGCAGGAGGCACCAACACAGAUUGUCUGAGAGUCCUGAUGUGUGCACAUGUAGGGUGUCCUGUUGGCUCCCUCUGCUGCUCUUCUAGGCCUGCACUGUGGCAGGGGCAUCCGCCAUUGCUGUCUUGCAUUGGUUUCUCUCCGAGGUACAGCCAUGUCAGCAGUUGGAGAACUCUGCCCUCACCCUGCUUCUGAAAGAAGGCCAGUAUGAUAAAGGGGGGCAGGUCAAAGCCUGCACCCCCUGCAGGCUGCUGUACCUCCUUCCUCCUCCCUGUCCCCCAGGGCUAAACAAGGACUGACCAAACCUCCUCGAGGCUGGACAGCCAGUGGUUGGCACGCAGCCUUCCCUGUGCUCUGCCUCUGUCCAUCCCAUCAUUUUGCUGCUCAUGGGGGUGGACGGUGCAUUCCUCGGUUCCAGCAGCUGCUCUCACAGGCCCUGGGGACUUUAGCUGGGGAACAGGGUGGGUGAUUUUUUUCCCCCCAGUGUGGAGAACCGCCUAACAGUUCGGUACUUCAAGUUAAGCUCAGGAGUCCUUUUCCUCCUGCCAGACUGCCGCCCUUCUCUCAGUUCCUAAGAGCUCACAGGGUCCCUGGGAGAUACUGUUUGAUCAGGGUUUUUUCCUUCCUCUACACUCUAGGUGAUCCCAUGGUAUAGUGGCCUCUCCUCUCUUGCACAUACCUACCAGUUUCCAUAACUGGAUUUCUACAGAUCAUUCAGCUGGUUAUAAGAGUUCAUUUUGGGGUUUGUUGUUUUUUUUUUUUUUUAAUUGUCCAAGUUCUUGGUGUUGUUUUAUGUAGAUUUUUUUCUUUUAAGUAGAGAGCAUUUAACAGUGUAGUGCCCAUCAUAACAAAUGCUCCAGAAACCACUUCAAUAAAAAGAAAAGUUUGCUUGUAUGAUGGUGCAGUCAUUUUGCUGGACCGACCCGCCCACCUUGGCUAUUGCAAGGCAUCACGUAUCCACAGUUCUAGCCUACUUUCAUGCUGCUUUUUCCCACCUCCUCCUGAUUUUUCUCUUUAUAUGCUCCAAGUAAUCUUACCAAGCUGAGUUACAGCCUUUUUCAUGCAACUUCCUUUCCUGACAGCAGCUCACACUGCUUGAAGUAACGUGAACCACUGAGGCACAUUGUUCUGGUGAUGCGAACUUUAAGGUGUUCUCCCACAAAGUCUUUUCUUGAGGCAGCAGAAGCUGAGUUGUGGAGACACAGUCGAACCUGAGCUGUGUGAGACCCACACUACCCCAUCUCCUUUCAGGAAUGCCAUAACAUUGACUCUUAGUUGGAAUGAGGCUUCCUCCCCGGAACAUAGAAGACUGUUGGAGGCCAUCAUUGGCCUCUCGCUCCAGCCUGUUUCUUAUGACUCGGGCAGUUCAAUGGUAGGAAAAGCAGCUUCAUAAGAUAGACAAGUGAUCGUUAUGAAAUGAGCAGAUGGCAGUGUUUGGUAUGCAGUAGUGUUUUUCGGAUAGGCUAACGGAUGAGCUCUGUAUGAUGCCAAGUUCUAAGCCAAUUGUGAGCUCCUGGAGCCCACCUUAGCAGCCCACCUCUGUUGGCAGUGGCUGUACCUGAAGCAAGCAAGCUGCUGUGGCAAGGUCACACUAAGCUCAGGUGGGUGAGAAGGCUAGGAUGCUUACCCAAGGCCCUCUGUCGUCAUUGUUGGGUCCUCGGAGAGUGGCCACACAGUGUUGAAGGCAACUCCUUUCCUAAACAUUGACAUCCUGCAGUGACAAGACCACCGUAUUGAUAUGCUUUGGCCCAUUUUUAACAGUAAUCAAUAUAUGGUUUUGGAUUUUUUAUUUUAUUUUACUUUGUGUUUGUCUGAUGUCUUUUCAUUUCCUGGGCUAAGCAGCAGCAUUGGGAGACCUAGACCAGAGAGAUCCAUCACUCCUUGCGAACCAGUAACGAUGGUCAAAACUUUCUCACACCACUCUGAACUAGGUUUUGGUACAAAUGAGAACUUCAAGACAGGAUGUUUGUUUAAAGUGAGCCUCUCUCGACAGAGGUGCUGAAGAUAGAGACCUUGCACAGGCCAGGGGCUUCACUUGGGGCCUCCGACUUUGACAACCAGUUGGUUAUUUAGAGAAACCAACAUUCCUUGAUAGAAUGAUGGAAUGACCAUGCAGUAGGAAGCCAUAGUAACUGGGAUCAGGACAUGAAGAGAGUUGCUGACGGAAGCGUAAAGGGCUUGGAAGAAGCAUGGACCAUAUUUGGAUUUGAUGGUUUCUGAAGGUGUGAGAUUACAUCGAGGCUGUGGCGUCAUCGUGGGCAUUUGGUUUCAGAUAAUAAACUUAGCAUCCUGCUCUGGAAACUUCUAGAGCUAAGUCACAUGUUGAAGAACUCAAGACUCCAUCAUGCUCACCAGUUGAGUUGUCGGUCUGGGGCAUGCUAGGGAUUGAUUUUAUUUUGUUUAUGUAAGGACUUCAUAAUCACUGAUUUGUGUGUCCACAUUUGUGUCUGCAUCUUUCCAGUAAACAUUUUUUUUUAAAUUAGUCACUCAUUAUCGUUUCCAAUAGGGCUUGCUUCUAAGUCCAGUAGAUUACGGGUAGUCAGUUGACGAAGAUCUGGUUUACAAGAACUAAUUAAAUGUUUCAUUGCAUUUUUGUAAGAACAUAGAAUAAUUUUAUAAAAUGUUUGUAGUUUAUAAUUGCCGGAAAUAAUUUAAAAACACUUUUUUCCCCUCUGUGUGUGCAAAUAUGUGUUUAUGGUCUUUUUUUUUUUUUUUGACACUUGUUUACUAGCUAGCUUUACAAUAUGCCAAAAAAAAAAACCAAAAAAAAAAAAUUAAAAAAAAUUCCCCCAGCCCCACCCAAGCUGUGGUUCACCCUCUUUCCCACAUGCUAUGUGCUCUAGUUUGUAAAAAAGAAAAAAAGGAAAAAAAAAAAAAGAAAGAAAAAGAACGACAGUGGUUUUAAAAGUACUCCUGUAUUCUUCAGUGUCUUGGUCUUGGAACCCUUAGCUGGGGAAGGAAUCAUCUUUACUGAUCAUUUCCCUGUGGAGCGUAGCAGCCUAAACAGGUGCAAAGUACCAAGACCCUUGCUGGGUGUGGAAGUAGCAGUGUGUGGCCACUGAGCAAGGUGGGAUGGUGUUCACUGGUGGCAUCUGGCUCAGGGCUGGUGUUUGUCCUACUUCUGCAAUGCCAUAGAGAUGGGAGGGCUUCAGGACCCAGAAAGGCUUCACGGUAAUCACACAAAGAGUUCUGAUGUGCAGGCCAUUGACAUGGCUCCUCAGAUUCCAGGGAAGGCUGUGCCUACUUGUAUUUAAGGCCAAAUGCUGAAGGUACAUGUUUCCAAUACAGAACAAACUCUUAACAAAAACCACAACAUGUCUCCCUGUCCCCCAAUUUUUUUUAAGAGUUAAAAAUCCAUGUCCUUAGGCUCCCAGUGCAUUAUUGGCCAUGUCUCUACAGUUCCAGAAGAUACGGUUGUUGAAAACAUCUGGAACUGUCUAACUCUACAGGAAAAAGGUCUAGGAACCAUUGGUGGGUCGGGUUGGAUUGGAUUUGUCUUUUCAGUUUCUCGUGGACGUUGGGCGGUGUGCAGACAUGUACACAGGUGGAACAGAUACCUGCCUGGUGACAUCACCUGUCUGUUUCCUAAGCCAGUGAGGUUGAGGGAGAGAUUUGCCAGAGUUUGUCUACCUCUGGGAUUUAAAGAAAAAAAAUAUCAGAAGGCGAGAUGGAACAGAUGCAUCGCCAAUAAUGCAUUUCUGAGUUUUCUUGUUGAAAAUUUUCUUAAAAAAGAGAAAAAAGUUUUAAAAAGAUAAUAAUAUGGCCAAUUUGUUACAUAAAAUAACUUUCUGUGUAUAAAUUAUUCCUAAAAAAAACCCUCUGUUUAUAUUUAAAAAAAUCAGUAGAUGAAAAAAUUCAAUGUUUUUGUAUAUUCUGUUGUAAGAAUUUAUUCCUGUUACUGCGACAUACUCGGGAUUCUUUACAUUAUGAAAAAAGAAACUUUGUCUAUUUUGAAUGGCUGAAGCCAAGGCCACUUGAGUUUCUAUUACUCUGCUUUUUUCUAGUAGUUAAAGUACCACAUGGGUUAAGUUAAAUAAAAUGAUUCUGUAUGCA